CUUGUAGCAUACUUAUAUACUGUUAUACCCUUCUCGUGAAUUAGCUCAAAAUUGACAAGAGGAAGGAGAAAAUAUGACUACUUCUCUCUCUCUCCUCUCCUCUGUCUUUCUUGCCUUCUCCAUCUUCUCCGCCAUGUCCCUCGCAGCUCCUACUCUGUUGUUUCAGGGGUUCAAUUGGGAAUCGAGCAAUAAGCAAGGGGGAUGGUACAACUCGCUUCUCAGCUCAAUCCCAGAACUGGCUAGUGCCGGAAUCACCCAUGUUUGGCUACCCCCGCCUUCUCAAUCCGUUGCACCCCAAGGGUACAUGCCAGGAAGACUCUACGACCUCGACGCAUCCAAGUACGGGACCCAGGCCGAGCUCCAAACCCUCAUCAAAGCCUUCCACGACAACAACAUCAAGUGCGUCGCCGACAUCGUGAUCAACCACAGAACCGCCGAGAAGAAAGACGGCAGAGGCAUAUGGUCCAUCUUCGAAGGCGGCACGGCCGACGACCGUCUCGACUGGGGCCCAUCCUUCAUCUGCAAGGACGACACACAGUACUCCGACGGCACGGGGAAUCCCGACACCGGCGGCGAUUUCGAACCCGCUCCCGACAUCGACCACCUCAACUCCCGUGUUCAAACAGAACUGUCCGAUUGGAUGAACUGGUUAAGGUCCGAAAUCGGAUUCGAUGGGUGGAGGUUGGAUUUCGCCAAGGGUUAUUCUCCGGGCAUAAUGAAAAUCUACAUGGAGAAAACUAACCCGGAUUUCGCAGUAGGGGAGGUUUGGGAUUCGUUAGCGUACGAAUCGGAUGGGAAACCGGUUUAUAACCAAGACCAGCACCGGAACGCGCUGGCCGGGUGGGUUUCGGCUGCGGGCGGGCGGAUUAGGGCGUUCGAUUUUACUACCAAAGGGGUGCUACAAGCUGCUGUGGAAGGGGAGUUGUGGAGGUUGAAGGAUCCGAAUGGGAACCCACCCGGGUUGAUUGGGGUUUUACCCGGAAAUGCUGUGACUUUUGUGGAUAAUCAUGAUACGGGUUCUACCCAGAAGCUUUGGCCGUUCCCCUCGGAUAAAGUUAUGCUGGGAUAUGCUUAUAUUCUCACGCAUCCUGGCGUUCCCUCAGUGUUUUAUGACCACUUCUUCGACUGGGGGUUGAAGGAUCAGAUUGCUAAACUGACUGCGAUUAGGGCAAGGAAUGGGAUUAGUGAAACAAGCAAAGUGCAGAUUAUGGCUUCUGAUGCUGAUCUCUAUGUAGCCAUGGUAGAUAACAAGAUCAUAGUCAAGAUCGGGCCGAAACUUGAUCUUGGAAAUCUUAUUCCGCCGGGAUAUCGUGUUUCUACAUCUGGCAAUGACUAUGCUGUGUGGGAGAAGUAGCUGAAAAUGAGUAUGUUGAAGGCAAUUUGUGCAGCUUCAUAUAGACGAGGAAACUCCCUUUUGCUAUACGUGUAUCAUCGGUCGCAUGUGACAAUAACAAUGAAAUAAUAACAAUUACUCCUUUUAUCA